UGAGGCGGCGGCGGCGGCGGCGGCCGGAGCUCAGCAUGACCCUGAAGUGGAGCCGCAGUGACAGCGUGAGCAGCAUGCGCACGGCGCUGUCCGACCUCUACUUGGAGCACCUGCUGCAGCACCGGCCCAAGCCUGAGGCUGUCACUCCCUUGCCAAACACCAUGACUGAAGACAUUUACACCAACGGCUCUGCUGCCCCAGGCAGCCCAGCCCACAUGAACGGCCGAGAGGUGAGGAAAGUACGGCUCGUCCAGUUUGAGAAGGUCACGGAGGAGCCCAUGGGAAUCACGCUGAAGUUGAAUGAGAAGCAGAGCUGCACGGUGGCCAGGAUUCUUCACGGAGGCAUGAUUCACAGACAAGGCUCCCUUCAUGUGGGUGAUGAGAUCCUAGAAAUCAAUGGGCAGAGUGUGAACAACCACUCGGUUGACCAGCUGCAGAAGAUGCUGAAAGAAACCAAGGGGACAGUGUCAAUAAAAGUCAUUCCCAACCAGCAAAGCCGUCUUCCUGCGCUCCAGAUGUUUAUGAGGGCCCAGUUUGACUAUGACCCCAAGAAGGACAACCUGAUCCCCUGUAAAGAAGCAGGGCUGAAGUUCAAAACUGGGGACAUCAUCCAGAUCAUCAACAAAGACGACAGCAACUGGUGGCAGGGCCGGGUCGAAGGAUUCUCCACAGAGUCAGCGGGCCUGAUCCCCUCCCCUGAGUUACAGGAAUGGCGUGUAGCCAGCGUGACCCAGUCCACUCAAAAUGAGGCCCAGAGCUGCAGUCCCUUUGGCAAAAAGAAAAAGUGCAAAGACAAAUAUCUGGCCAAGCACAGCUCAAUUUUUGACCAGCUGGAUGUGGUUUCAUACGAGGAGGUGGUGCGGCUCCCUGCGUUCAAGAGGAAGACACUGGUGCUGAUAGGUGCAAGUGGAGUGGGCCGCAGCCAUAUCAAGAACUCCCUGCUCAGCAAGAACCCAGAGAAGUUCAUGUAUCCGGCUCCCUACACCACUCGCCCCCAGAAGAAGAAUGAGGUGGAAGGGAAGAACUAUCACUUUGUCUCCACAGAGGAGAUGACCAAGGACAUUUCGGCCAAUGAGUUUCUGGAGUUUGGCAGUUACCAAGGAAACAUGUUUGGCACCAAAUUUGAAACUGUGCAUAAGAUCCACCAACAGGAUAAAAUUGCCAUCCUGGACAUUGAGCCUCAGACGCUGAAGAUCAUCCGCACUGCAGAGCUUUCCCCAUUCAUUGUUUUCAUCGCUCCAACAGACAAGGCCGACCAGUCAGAAGCCUUGCAACAGCUACGGAAGGAAUCGGAGACCAUCCGCAGCCGCUAUGCACAUUACUUCGACCUGUCGCUGGUCAACAAUGGUGUGGAUGAGAGCCUCAGGCUGUUGGAGGAAGCCUUUAACCAGGCCUGCAGUUCACCCCAGUGGGUUCCUGUCUCAUGGGUUUACUGAGAUGUCUUCUCACCCAGGCAGCCUUCCUAGAACCCAUCCUUCAGCAUGGAGUGAGGGAAGCCACCUCACCUGCACAGCCUUCCCUGCUCCUUCUGUUUUAUGAAUACAGCCUAAACUGGUCUAUCUGACACAGGGUAGGAGUGCAGCAAGCUCAGAGAAUUAGCUUGGGGGGGGGGGGGAGGCUGUCAAAUUCAGUUGGGAGAGGGAAUCAUUAGAUUUAAGCCCUGGUCUAGCCAUUGCUAGAGCCAGACAGAAUCUUUAAUUCACAACACAACUCCUACUGGUUGCACAGGGAAGCCAUCAUGUAGUAACCAACUACUGAUAAAAAGUAACUAUUCAUUACCAGAGCUGAGAGGUAAGAAGGUAGGGGCACUUCCAGCCCCAUCUCUGCUACUUUCUUCAACCUUUAGCUCACAGUGAAUACCAGCAUUAGCCCCUGUAUUCAUUAAGUUUCAGCAUCAUGAAGCUUAAUGUAGCCAUAAAAGCAAUUCAUAUGUCUAGCCAGUAUUUUUUCUGGGCUACAUCAGCUUGUAUUUUAAGGAUUUCUUUCACUGGCACAGGUAGAGGCUGUUGUGGGGGUGGGAAUUCAACACCCUUGGGCUGCUCCAUACUUUAGCAGUGGAAGUUCUUAAUUUUCUGGCAUAACUUGUGCAACUGUGGUUUCAUCUCUGCUACUAGAUUCUGACUCUUAUCAGCUGUCCUCAGAGACUCAGCAAUGGUUAGGGUAAAUAACCCCACAGACCAUACAGGGAAGAAACAAUUAGACUGGUAUAUUAGAUUCAGCCAGUACUACUGUGUAUCUCAUUGCAUGCACUAGAAACUGAUGUUCUCCAGCUCCCACUAUGUGCAAAUGUUACCCACAACUUCCACCUGUGAGGUGCCUGGUGCUUACACAGGUAGCCAGCCAGCCACAGAGUGAUCCCUCUCCUUCAUCAAUUUCAUUGGGUUUGUGAUCUGUCCUUAAGCCCCAGAGAUAGGACCAGGGGCUCAUGUGUUGCAGUAGUUCCAUAGCAUCUAGGUAAGGAGUCUUCUGUGCAUUCAGCAGAAGAAGAAUGGGUAUAAACUCCAGUGCAAUUUUUCAAGGAUGCCAAAAACAACUCAUGAUGUGCAAUAGGGACUUUGUUCUAGGCCACUGCAGGGAAACAGAGUAGCAAUAAAAGUGUGUUGAAACCUU